UUUUCUCAAACCGCUUUCAAUCUCUGAGUAUAUAAAACGCGGAUUGAUUGGAAAGUGUUCCUCCACCGAAUGAAAUUUCUCGUUUCGGAGUUCGCAGGUCUCUUAUGAUUGGUCGGGAUUUUAUCAUUGAGGAACUGAAUUUGGGAUUCCGAGCUUACACAUGACUUUGCUGCGCAAAUUGUUCUUUCGUAAGCCCCCCGAUGGGCUUCUUGAGAUCUGUGAGAGAGUUUAUGUUUUCGACUGCUGCUUCAUGACGGAUGCUUGGAAUGAAGAAAACUAUAAAGUCUACAUUGACGGAAUUGUUGCUCAACUUCGAGAGCACUUUCCUGAUGCUUCGAUCUUGGUCUUCAAUUUCCGCCAGGAAGAAACAAAGAGUCAGAUGGCUAACAUCUUGUCAGACUACGAUAUGACUAUAAUGGACUACCCUCGGCAAUAUGAGGGCUGCCCAGUGCUCAAGAUGGAGGUCAUCCACCACUUUUUACGGUCGAGUGAAAGUUGGCUCUCGCUUGGGCAGCAUAAUGUUCUGUUGAUGCACUGUGAACGUGGUGGCUGGCCGGUUUUGGCUUUCAUGCUGGCUGCGCUUUUGAUUUAUCGAAAGCAAUACAGCGGAGAACAGAGAACUUUGGAUAUGGUUUACAGGCAGGCUCCACGUGAGCUUUUGCAGUUUUUGUCACCGUUAAAUCCAAUUCCUUCCCAGCUGCGGUAUCUGCAGUAUAUUUCCAGGAGGAAUGUGGCCAUAGAUUGGCCGCCAUUGGACAGGGCGCUUACGUUGGACUGCAUCAUUCUCAGAUGUUUCCCGAACUUUGAUGGGGAAGGUGGAUGCUGUCCUGUAUUUCGAAUUUAUGGACAAGAUCCUUUUCUUGCAGAUAAAACUCCAAAAAUCUUGUACUCAACACAGAAGAAAAAUAAAACCAUCCGGUUUUACAAGCAGGGAGAGUGUGAACUAAUUAAAAUUGACAUCAACUGUCAUAUCCAAGGUGACGUUGUGAUUGAAUGCAUUAACUUGACCAGUGAUAUGGACCACGAACGGAUGAUGUUCCGAGUCAUGUUCAACACAGCUUUUAUUAGGUCCAACAUAUUGAUGCUUAACCGGGAUGAAGUUGAUAUUUUAUGGGAUGCUAAGGAUGACUUCCCCAAGGAUUUCAGAGCGGAGAUCCUUUUCUCAGAGAUGGAUGCUGCUGCUGCUGUUAUUGCUGAUGGUACCUCAUGCUUUGAGGAGAAGGAGGGACUGCCAGUGGAAGCAUUUGCCAAAGUUCAGGAGAUCUUUAACCAUGUGGACUGGUUGAAUCCUAAGGCUGAUGUUGCACUAAAUGUACUCCAACAAAUUAGUGCUUCGGUGCAUGACCAGAUAGAUAGAAUUUCUACUCAGCAGCAUGAUACUGGAUCUUUGUUGCAUGAAAAAGAUUCUAGAGUGCCUCAGGGAAAAAAGAAUGAAGCAAAAAGGUUAUUGUCAUCAAAUAAUGAAUCCCGGAGUUUGGUAAACCUCCAUCUCCUUCCCUACAACCCUAUGAAGGAGAUUCUACCUGUUAGAACUAGACCUGCUUCAUCCACUUCACAACCUCCAACACCACCCACACCCACGACUCCUCCUCAAAAGGAGCAUAAACUGGUUAGAGCUGUACCUCCCCCGCCGCCGCCACCUCCACCUCCACAGAAAAAGCAAUCACCGGUUAGAGUCAUGCCUCCUCCACCCCCACCAAUGGAAGAACCACAUUUUCGACACCCUCCUCCCCAACGGCCUCCUGUAAAGGAGGAGCCUAACGUUAAAACUGGACCACCACCCCCUCCACCACCUCCUUUGAAGGUGCAGCCACCUGUUAGGGCUAAACCUCCUCCUCCUCCUCCUCCUCCACGUCUUCCUAGGAAAGCUGAUUCUACCACCAUAUCACCACCACCACCACCUCCUCCUCCCCCUGCUGCAGAACUCUCCUCCAAGAACCCUAAUCCUUUGUUGCAGAAUUCUACAUCUGUUCCUGCUGCUCCUAAUGCUCCUCCACCUCCUCUGAAGCCGUUGCAUUGGCUGAAAAUAUCUAGAGCAGUGCAAGGAAGUCUGUGGCAUGAGGCAGCGAAAUCUGGUGAAGCUUCCAAAGCCCCAGAGAUUGAUAUGUCAGAGCUUGAGAGUCUCUUCUCAGCAGCAGUCCCAAGUUCAGGCCCCGCCAAGAAAGUAGGUGGCAGAAGCUCAGCUGGGCCUAAAUCUGAUAAAGUGCAACUGGUUGAGCACAGAAGAGCAUAUAAUUGUGAAAUCAUGCUUUCAAAAGUAAAAGUGCCAUUGCAAGAUUUGAUGAGCUCAGUGCUAGCACUAGAGGACUCAGCACUAGACAUUGAUCAGGUUGAAAACCUUAUAAAGUUUUGUCACAAAGAGGAGAUGGAAUUACUCAAGGGUUAUACUGGAGAAAAGGAGAAGUUAGGGAGGUGUGAACAGUUCUUCCUAGAGUUGAUGAAAGUACCCAGGGUAGAGUCCAAACUCAGAGUGUUUUCAUUCAAGAUUCAUUUCCAAUCUCAGGUUUCUGACCUUAGAAAAAGCCUGAAUAUUGUAGAUGCUACUGUAGAAGAGAUUAGGAAUUCUUUCAAAUUGAAGAGAAUUAUGCAAACGAUACUUUCUUUGGGAAAUGCUUUGAAAGGAACUGCUAGAGGUUCUGCUAUUGGAUUCAGAUUGGACAGCCUUCUUAAACUCACUGAGACACGAGCACGGAACAACAAGAUGACUCUCAUGCAUUAUCUUUGUAAGGUGUUGGCUGACAAAUUACCUGAAGUUCUAGACUUCUCCAAGGAUCUUUCUAACCUAGAGCCUGCAGCAAAGAUCCAAUUGAAGUUUUUGGCAGAGGAGAUGCAAGCUGUAAGCAAAGGAUUAGAGAAAGUUAUCCAGGAACUCUCAACCUCUGAAAAUGAUGGUCCUAUAUCUGAGACAUUCCGCAAGACUUUGAAAGACUUCCUCCGUUCUGCUGAAGCUGAAGUUCGAUCACUGGCUUCAUUAUUCUCUGGCGUGGUAGGCAUUUGA